UUAAAAAUCUACGGGUUUAUAGACGUGGUAUCGGACUAACAUUUAAUUUAACAUCAAACUCUCCCAUUGGGCAAUUCCUGCCAAGGCUCUUCUUACUCUUCUGUCUUCUUCCCAUGUCUCCAAUCAUCGCCAUUGUCGUCCUUCUUCCCUCUACCCCCUCUGCCAUGUCCAAAUCUCGUCCGGUUCUGCAGCUCUCCACUCGUUUUGACCUCGGCAGCAACGACAACAUUCAAGCCCUCUCUCUGAUUCCCAAACCCUAGUUGGUGCCGUCACCUUCUCCGGAUCUCUUUUCCUUCUUUCUCUCGUCACUUCAUCUAAGUGUGUCAUUGAGCGUUUCUCCGGUGGUGUUUUUCUGCGUUCUCGGCCAGAAGAGCGGGAAAGUUCUAGCUCUCUGCGAUGGUUACUUGUUUCUCUGUCGAUUCGCUUUUGGCGAAGCCCGCUAAGAGACUGGGUGGCGCUUUGAUCUGGUUGCAAGGAGAUUCAGAGGACGCGAUUCGAGAGUGGAAGGUGUUGUUGCUGGUUGACAAUGUUGCGUUGGCGGGAGCCUUGUCUUCCGGAGGAGACCUGAUUCUGUUGGAGAAUUGUGUUUCUAUGUUGUGGUUGUUGGGGGUGGAGAAAUGGAGAUGCAUCAGAAAAAGACGUGUUCCAGUCAGUCGCUUUUGGUCCUCAAGGAUGUGGGCAGUCCGUUUUGGCCGCAGAAGAGUCUGGAAAUGGCAGCAUAGUUUCCGUGGCUUCCAUGUCAAAGGGAGUCCAGAAGUUUAUCUUGCUGAGAAAUCAUGUCUGCGUCUCGACAAGAAUUUCAUUAUCUGUUUCUUUUUUAUGCUUCAGCUUAUUUUCUAUCAUGGAGAACAAAUAAAGGACCCGCUGGGGAAAAAGAACUACAGAGAAGCCAUCUCCAUUUUUGGAGGAGCUUGACUCGGAGGGCGAAAUAUGGAAAGAAAUGCUUUCUUUUGUUCAUGCGCAAAUAGGGUUUCUUUUCUACUGCUUUUUUAUUUGCACUUUCAAGAAGCUAUCACUUUUUGCAGUCGGGUCGGAAAGACCGCAAGCUUCCACGGUUUUCCCAUUUGUCAUGCAUGAUCCCAACCAAUGGUCUCUGCUGCUAAUAUUGCCUUUUUUUAGUGGCUCUGAGUUUUUUAUUGUUGUUUUUAUCUUCUUUUUACUUUGGAGGGUUUCUACCUGAUGAACCUUGCAUUAUCCCUUUCAUGUUUUUUUUUUUCUGACACAGUCUGUGGCAUAGUUGGAAAGGUGCUAAAAUAUGUGAUCCCCCACGCAUUGGCGUAAGAAUGAGCAUGCAAUUCUGUUCUUCUGAGGUUAGGUUUUGCUUUCAGGUCCCAAAAAACAGGUACUGGAGAUACUCGAUCGCUGGCGGCUACUCGAUCAAUGGGGAUACUCGAUCGCUGUCAGCUAUGCACCCUUACGCUCCUCUCCCAAUCCUCCUCUGGAUACCAAUUGAUAGAAACCACCCAUAAUGGACUGCUAAAUACAUUUACCAUUCUGCUAAAUACAUUUACCAUUCUCUACACGAGGAUGAGAUCCUAAAUGUGUGAAGGGGCAUUUGUGUGUUUCUUGAAGGCAUGGAAUGCUCAAGGCUUUUUGUCUGUCUGAACUGUCAAUCUUGUAUCGCUUUCUGAUUUCUGUGUAAUCCUUUUUUGACAGGCUAUCCUAUACCGAAAGCUAGGACAAGAAACAUUAGGCCUUCAAAUUUUGGCUCUAAAUUGUCUGAUGAUGUGCCUCUCAAACUUGCAUCUGAUACAAUUUUGAGAUUGCUGAGGGCUCGGCUUUCAUCAUUGUCAGGGCCAAAUUGUUCACAAUAUUUCCUGUGCAUUGGAUGUUGACUCGAGGUUGGCAAGAUUAGAAGAAAGAUCACGACAUGUACAGAUAUACAUGAUGAGAACCUUUGCGAUUCCUGCCAUGUGCGUCUGGGUACUAAGCUGUUUGCUGUGUACACUGAUGAUACUAUUGUCUGUUACAAGACGCCUGGGCGAAUCAAGGUCAGUGACAGGUCGGAACUUCAAGCAAGAUGUGCUGAUAAAACCCGGCUGAUUUAGUUAACCGAUAGCAGAAGUCGUUUGUAACAAUAUACAUUUUCGACCUUCAUACCGAGGAGUGUAUAGUGUCAUGGGCUGGUGUUGGUCCCUAGUUUCAAGACAUUUAGCUUCAGUAGAUUCUUAUCGAGCACACGAUGAUAGUGGAGACAGCUUUCAUUUGUUUUAUCAAUACAGAAACUUCAAAUGUCUUGUCGUUUUUUCUCAGGCUCAGACGCCAAGUAUAGUUAACGGACAAAGCCAUAGGUAGUUUUUUUCCUUCGUUUGGGCAUUUUCCAAAGACUGGGUUAUGAAUUUGAGGCGCUUCUAUUCUGGUUCGUCUUGUAUGCUGAAUCACGAAUCCGGGGUUUUUGUUGAGCUCUUGCGUAAUUUAGGGAGAUCCGGCCGUCUCCAAGACGCUGUGAGCUUGUUCUACGGCCAAUCUGUGGAGCUUCAUUCCCGACAAGCUUAUGCUGCUCUAUUUCGAGCAUGUACAGACCACCGCGAUUUCCGCCAUGGCCACCGAUUGCAUCGCCACAUGAUCUCUCAGCACCCUUCUUAUUCUCAAGACCUCAUCCUCGCUAACCAUCUCAUUCAUAUGUAUAGCAAAGCCGGGAAAGUAUCUCUCGCACGCCAAGUGUUCGAUCAAAUGUCUGAAAGGAAUGUUGUCUCCUGGUCCGCUCUGAUCUCAGGUUAUGUGCAUGCAGGUUCUGAGCAAGAGUCCUUCCAUCUUUUUUCAGCUAUGUUGUGUCACUGCCGACCCAACGAGUUUGCGUUGUCAAGCAUGUUGAGUUCGUGCCAAUACGAGCCCGGCAAGCAACUACACGGCCUUUCUUUGAAACUGGGCCUACAUUCUUCUGUUUAUGUGGCUAAUGCCCUCAUCUCUAUGUACAGUAGAGGUCAUUACUCUGCCGUAUAUGAGGGUUGGAAUGUGUUUGAAGCCAUGGAGUUCAAGGAUUUGAUUUCUUGGAACUCCAUGAUUGCUACUUUUCAAUGCUGUAGUCUUGGAAAACAAGCUAUCUACCUUUUCAUGCAAAUGCACCGUGAUGGAGUAGGUUUUGACUGUGUGACACUGCUUAGUAUCUCUUCUUCUUUGUACAGAAGCGCUGGCUUGGAUCCCGAUGUGGGUUUGAAGUUUAGUUUUCAGCUGCAUUCUCUGAGCAUAAAAUCUGGGUAUGUAACUUGGACUGAAGUCGCAACUGCAUUGGUUAAAGUUUACUCGGAAAUUUGUGGUAAUUUUUCUGAAUGCUACAAGCUGUUUAUGGAGAUGAGACAUCAUAAAGACAUCGUUGCUUGGACCGGGAUCAUAGCAACGUGUGCAGAUCACGACCCAGAGAGGGCUUUCCUUUUCUAUCAUCAACUGCAUCAAGAAGAGCUAAACCCUGACUGGUAUACUUUCUCAACCGUGUUAAAAGCCUGUGCAGGACUUGUGAAGCCACUCCAAGCUUUGACGAUUCAUGCACAAGUGAUCAAGGCUGGUCUUGAGGCUGACACAGUGCUGAACAAUGCGUUGAUCCACGCGUAUUCCAGAUGCGGCUCUAUGGGCUUGUGUGAGCAGGUUUUUGCAGAGAUGGGUUCUCGAGAUCUGGUAUCAUGGAACUCAAUGCUCAAGGCUUAUGCAAUGCAUGGCCUAGCAGACACAGCUCUACUGGUGUUUGCAGAAAUGGACAUCAAACCUGAUGCAGCAACCUUCGUGGCGAUUCUCUCGGCUUGCAGCCAUGCUGGUCGGGUCGAAGAAGGAAUGAGGAUCUUCAGGUCCAUGUCCAAGAACCCUGAAACUCUUCCUCAGCUAGAUCACUAUGCUUGUGUGGUUGACAUGCUUGGUAGGGCUGGGCGGUUUGAUGACGCAGAAGAGAUGAUGAAGCAAAUGCCAAUGGAACCAGACUCUGUAAUAUGGAGUGCGCUGUUGGGGUCUUGCCGAAAGCAUGGGAAUGCCCGACUAGGUGAGGUAGCAGCAGAGAAACUGCAAAACCUGGAACGUGAAAAUUCAUCGAGUUACGUCCAGAUGUCAAACAUAUACAGCGCAGCAGGAAGCUAUAAUGAAGCUAGGAAGAUGAGGAAGGAAAUGGAGAUGCGUAGAGUGAAGAAAGAACCGGGCCUGAGCUGGAUUGUGUUAGGUAACGAGGUUCAUGAAUUCACAUCUGGAGGAGGGUGCCGCCCGGAUAGGGAAGCUAUAUUCAGGGAGCUGGAGAAACUGAUUGGGCAGCUGAAGGAGAUAGGUUACGUGCCAGAGGCCCAAUUGGCAACGCUGGAUAUAGGAGAUGAACAAAAGGAGGAGCAACUGAUGCAUCAUAGUGAAAAACUGGCGUUGGCAUUUGCUGUAAUGGAGGGACGGGGUUUAGGUGGUAGUGCGGGGAAUUCGAUCCGGAUAAUGAAGAACAUAAGGAUAUGUGUGGAUUGCCAUAACUUCAUGAAGCUAGCCUCUCAACUGCUAGAGAAAGAGAUACUUGUAAGAGACUUGAACAGAUUCCACCGUUUCAAAGACUCGUCCUGCUGGGAAGGCUGCAAUGACUACUGGUAAAUGCCAAAGAAGGCUUGGAGAAUAUGGCUGGGAAGGCUGUGUUGUUGGAGCUGGCUAAGAUGUUGAAGAGAUAAGAAAUGAACAAGGGCUUAAUUUUGGGGUUCGGUGAAAAAGAAUGGUAGGUACGAGGUUGAGUAUUUUAACCCGCAAAGUGAUGAUAUGUAAUUGGAACUCUGAACGACGAUUUUACCCAAAAAAAACUCUGAACGAGGAAAGGAUCAACAGUUGAAGCAGUUUAUCAGAAGGCGAUGUUGGAGGGGUAGAAGAGUACAUUGCCAUUUCAUCUAAUUUGUGGUGUUUUGGUAAUUAAGUGUUCAAAUUGUGUGAUUUUGGUUAUUCGUUAAUUGCGAGCACCGACUAGUGUCACGCGCCUAUAUUUUGGGUAAUUUUCUGCGUCAUUCUUGCUCGUCCCUUGGCAUAUUUUUCGGAUCACAGGAGACAUUCCAGGCCGAGCCAUGUGCUAAGCCCGAUGGACGAGAGCCAUGUACCAGAACUUCUCCCCGAAUCCGCCUCACACUCCGGACGACCGCACGUUCGGACAACCAUGACAAGCCCUCCCGACAUUCACGGACGCAGCCCGAAACCAUGACCACGGAGCCAAGACCUUGUCCCCGGCUCACUUGGAGAAUUCUAGCCAAACGCCUCCUCGGACCAAAGCCCGCUUGGACCGCUACCACUUGUGAGCUUGAGGAGUGACUUCGGCUUGGGCUUGCAGAGAAGCCCAAGUCCCGUGACCAAGCCCCUUGGUCUCUCGGAUGGCCAAGCCCAUCAACCCCUCUCGGCCCAUCAGAAUGGGUCCCCUUUUUGGUCUAGAUUCGUCCAAGUGAAGAUAAGGCAAGUGCAUCAUGAUCUAUUCGGAUAUGGCAAGUCCUAGAAUGUUCCGAUCUUGUAUCUCUCGGAUAUGGCAUGAUGUAAGUCAUAUCCCCUAGAUUGAUCGAUUAGUGUUCUUUAUGGAAAGUUCGGGAAAUUAGGAACGAUUGAUUGAUUGUGAUUGAUCCUUGGAGAUCUCGGACCUUGUGCUAUAAAAGGCCACCGAAAUCCCUUGAGACAUUCAUCCUAGAAUUCUCUCUUUUCUUUUACACCGAGUCUCUCUCUCUUGUAAGUCUCUCUUGAGUUUGUUCGCCGGUUCGUUCCGGCCACCGUCGCCGGAACGGACCCGGGCUCCCGUUGUAACCUUGUCUCGCACCUUUAAUGAAAUGACCUCGUACUUGGUUCAUUCUCAUCUCUCUCGCUCUCUCUUUCUCUCGGCCUUCUCUUUUCCCAUUCGGAUCCCAUGAUCCUAGGCUUGGUUCGGUCCCCGUUCGAA